AUGCUCUCGACCUCUCGAGCGAGCGCGCACCUCGCAUCGCUGCGUCGCCUCGCCCGCCGCCCCGAGUUGCGAGCUGCCGCCAUCUACCUCGUCGUUCAGCCUGCAACAGCGGUCCUCGCGGCUCUGGUGGGCAGCACCAGCGAGUACAGGUUCCCCCACCCGCUCGUCGCGACCCUCCUGCACCUCGCCCUCGCCCUCGCUGCCCUCGUUGCCGCCUCUCUCGCCGCCAAGGUAUUGCGGCAUCGUCGACACGUCCCGCCGCCCCGGCCGACCCUCGUCUCGAGCGCCCUCGACUCGCUCGCUUCGAUCCUCCCUUCCCGCCCUCUCUCCUCUCCCGAGCCAUCCGCCUCGUGCUCCUCCCGCGCCUUCCUCGCCGCCCUCUCCUCGACGCUCACCGCACUCGCCGAGCUGCGCGCCCACCGCACCCUCGACCCCGCCGUCUUUGCCGCCGUGCGCCUCGCGCCCCUCGUCCUCGCCCCACUCGUCGCGCUCGUGCCCCUCCCGCCGCCCAUCGUCCCGCGGUCGCUCGGGCCCGCACGACGAGCUGAGGCCGGCGCGGCGCUCGUGUGCGGGAUCGUGCUCGGAGCGGGGAGAGGCGUCGCGCUCGAGGGUUGGUGGGACGCCGGGGUGGUCGCGCUCGCGUGGGCGGUGGGCGCACUCGGCUGGGUGCUGUGCCUCUCGACCGCCGGGAUAGAGCGAGCUGAGGUCGCUGAAGGCUUCGAGGAGGACGGGCUCACCCAUCGGCGACGGUCCUCCUCCCACCCAAGCCUCCUCGUACACCUCCUACUCUCUCUCCUCUUCCUCUUCAUCCCGACCCUCCUCUCGCCCGAGCUCGCCAACAUCCGCCGCUCGCGCCACCACACCUUCUUCCUCGAGCCGGGCUUCUGGGCGCGAGAGACGGCCGCCGCGCUCGUGUCGCUCGCCGGCCUCUCGGCGUUCUGGCACCUCGCGUCGACGCUCGACCCGCUCCCGACUCUCGCCCUCGUCGCCCUCAAGGACCGCCUCGUCGUCCCUUGCGCGUUCAACGCCCUCCUCGGGAACCCGCUCGACGGCCUCGAGCGCGGCAGGGCGCGACUGAGCGAGCGGCAGCAGGUGGUGGCGCUUGGGCUGCUCGGUGCAUGGGCGGUCGUGCGGGCUCUCGGGGAGCGGGAGUGGGAAGACGGACGAGGUGGGAGGCGCAAGAAGCGGUAGACGGUAAGGGGCGCUGUGUCCAUUGUUCCUUUCCCUCUGCG